CCAAAUAAACCUUGACGCUUCCUCCGUGCUAACAGACGUGAGGAAAAUAUGGAGGAAGAAACACAGUCAGAAUUGGAAACGAAGGAACAUUUAGACACUGAAGAGGGGAACAAGCCCACAGAGAAAGAAGAAACCAAAUCUGAUACAGAGAUAGGGGAUACCUUUAAAAAGCCGGCUAUUUUCGCGGCACCAUCUCUUGCUACCAAACGUAUAAACACCGUAGCAGAAAACAAGGUGGACAAUGUGUGUGAAGCUGCCACCGAUGCUGCUGCUGCUGGAGAAAAAGAGCGAAAAGAUGACAGAGAUGUCGACAAGACAAAAAAACAAGAAGUUAAGGCGAAGGCAGCUCCUGUCCAAGCUGGGAAGUUCCCCCCUCUUCCAUACACAGAGCCCCCCUGGGGGGGUCCUCCACCAGAAUCCCCCUACGCACUGGAAAUCCUCAAAAACGGCACCAUAGUGGACACUGUUACCCUGACCCACCGGAGCUACUUUGUGGUCGGGAGGCUACCUGUGUGUGACGUCUCACUGGAGCACCCGUCCAUCUCCAGGUAUCAUGCGGUGAUCCAGUACCGAGGCCACACCGGGGAGGAGGGCUGCGUGGGUGAGGAGAGGGGCUUCUAUGUCCACGACCUGGGCAGCACACACGGCACGGUGGUCAACAAGAACAGGAUCCCCCCGAAGACCUACAUCAGACUGAAGGUGGGACACGUGUUGAAGUUUGGAGGAAGCACCCGGCUGUUUAUACUGCAGGGUCCGGAGUCUGAUGAGGAAGAGGAGUCUGAGCUGACGGUGACGGAGCUGAGGGAGCGAGCCCGCAAACAGAGAGCAGAGCUUGAGAAGAGGAUGAUGGGAGACCUCUCUGACGGAGAGGAGGAUGAGGAAAAUGGCGAAGGCAAAAAGAGCCAGAGUGAAGCAUCAAAGGAAGACUCUGGAUGCACGUGGGGAAUGGAAGAAGAUGCAGCUCCAGAGGAAGACGAGAACGAGGAAAACCCCUUCUCAACCGAGUUCCACGAAGACCAGGAGGCAGCUUACCUGAAAGACCCGAAGAAGGCUCUGCAGGGAUUCUACGACAGAGAGGGCGAGGAACUGGAGUUUGAAUACGAAGACAAAAAUCAUGGCACGUGGCUCUGCAGGAUAAAGCUGCCAGUGGACGACGCCUUGGGCCGACAGCUGGUUGCAGAAGUGACGCACACGGGGAAGAAGAAGGAGGCAGCCGUCCAGUGCUGCCUGGAGGCCUGCCGGAUGCUGGAGGCCAGAGGGCUGCUGAGGCAGGAAGCAGUCUCACGCAAACGAAAGAAGAAAAACUGGGAGGACGAGGACUACUACGACAGCGACGACGACACUUUCCUGGAUCGGACCGGCACAGUGGAGAGGAAGAGGCAGGAGCGAAUGAAAAAGGCCGGGAAGAUCGAGGAGCGGACUGAGACCUACGAGUCUUUGGUGGCCAAGCUGUCCUCUGUGGAGAAGGAGCUGGCAGACGCUCAGAAAAGGCUAAGUAGCGGUAGACAAGGCUCUUCGGCCUCCUCCACGGAGGACUCGCUGGACGCCUUCAUGACGGCGGUGAGGAGCGAGGCUGCGAUGGACGGCGUGGAGCGCAGGAAGCUCCACGUACACGUGGCCGACCUGCGCAAAGAGGCCCAGCGGCUCCGGAGACUGGUGGAUCUGACUCGGCCGGCGCAGAUGCCCUCGCUGCUCCCCGGUGGAAGCUCUGAGGCGGAGAAACCCAAGAAGAGCUUACCGCUGUUUGGAGCCAUGAAGGGAGGAAGCAAAUUCAAACUGAAGACAGGAACCAUAGGGAAGCUGCCUCCCAAGCGGCCCAACCUGCCCGCUGAGCUCUUCAACAUGAAAGAGCUUCCACCCACAGGGGAGGAAGAGGAGGAAGAGGAGGAGAGAGAAGAGGGAAAAGAGGAGGAGGCGGCGGCAGAUAGGAGUAAAGAUGAUGGAGAGGAAUGCAGCACCACCCAAACUAAAUCUGACUGUGAAGAAUCCAGCAUUCCUCUGGGUCAGCAGAAAGACUCAGAGGAGGUCAAAGAGCAAAAGCUGAAGAAGAGCAAUAAAGCAGAGCUGCAGGUUCCUCUGAAGCCAUCAGCCGCCGUGAGCCCAGAGUCAAAGGCAGGGGGCGAAGCAGAGCCAGCAGCCGCUGCAGCAGGGCCCAUUCCCAGGAAUAAGAAGAGAGUGAUGGGCCCCAGCAGGCCUCCGGUGCAGCUGUCAGGACAGUAUCCACAGGAUGACCCUGAUUACUCCGUGUGGCUACCGCCUGCAGGUCAGACAGGAGACGGUCGAACUCACCUCAAUGACAAGUACGGCUACUGAGGAGGACCAACACAGAUGUCAACGAGCAGGGAGCGGCUCAUCGUCAGCCUCAGUGCUGGAAUGGAAGCGGUUGAAUUUACCACUUUUUAUUUGGAUCAGAGGAGACAAAGCAGCAUCUGAAUCAUCCAGCUUUUUAUUCUUUAGCUGCUCUUCCUGCAGACGAACCAACCUGACACCCGGUCUGCGACUCGCUCCCGUUCGGCUUCAGUCGAUCGCUGGCGUAACCUUUAACCGUUUCUCCCCUGCAAAGGGAGGGAGUGUGUGUGUGUGUGUAUCAAGAAGAGAGGGAGAGCAUAGCAGCAGCUUUUCUGACCAUCUGGACACUUGGAUGGCGUACUAGAUGAAACGUAAGCUGAUAAUGACUCAAGCUAAGUGGAGUGUGUGUUUCCAUGAGCGUACCCACACACAGUCCAAACCCAACCCUCUCGAAGUUCUCUUUUUAACAAGAUUGUCUCUGUGGGAGCUUGGUGAUUCCUUUCUCUGUGAAAUCCCACUCAGUCUUAAACUUCAGCCACACGUCCCACCCUCUCUGCUACUGUCUUUUAAACACAACAAUAAUAAAUGGAAACUCUAUUUUGUAAAAUAAUAAAGUAGUACAUAACUACAAAGAGUAAAAGUUUUUGAUUCUGUCAGCUGGUGGGAAACAAAUCUGCUCAUAUAAGCCGAAGUGCAAGACAGUCAAGAACAUUUUUGAGCAGUUCUGUUUUUGUUUUGCAUAAACUCAACUUUUAUUUUAGUUGGUUGCAAUCUUCUGUUUAACCACCAGGUGUUAGUAAAGGGAUAUUUCAUAUUAAAGUGCGCUUCUGGAGAAUCAAAGACUGUUAGUUUCAUAUGCAUGGUUCUUCUGCAGUAUAGAAUAUAAUUUAAUUAUCUCUCAGAACUAGAUAGUCUUUGAAUGUUGAGAAAUAUUGGCUUUUCUCUUUCCUGUCCUCUAAAGGUUUAAUGGAUCUGUUUAUCCCUCCACUCAUUCAAUCUAUUCCUCUCUACGCUAACCCAGUUCUUUCUCAGCUAACUAAUCAUCAGCUUGUCCAUCUGUUGAUUCUUUAUCAUUCAUCCAUAUAGUUUUAUCCCCUCAACCCUUUUGGUAUUCAUCAACCUAUUUUAUCAGUUUUUUUCUAUACACAAAUCAGUCCAUUCUCUCCUUCCGUCUCAUCUAACUAAUCAUCAGUUUUCCCCUCCAUCUAUCAUUCCAUCUCCUCAUCCUUUCUUGCAUACCUACAUUGGGGCAUGAUGGGACUACAAGGUGAACCAGUUGAACAGUUAUGGGUUUGAAUCACACUGUAGCAUCUCUGGGUACUCUGGCUUUCCUCAAGACUCCAAAAACAUGACUAAGGUUAAUUGGGUUCUUUAAAUUGCCCUUCGGUACGAAUGUGUGCAUGAUUGCUUAACGUAUGACCUGUCCAGGGUGUACCGCUCACCCAAUUACCGCUGGAGAUAACCGGUUGCCCCCAGCGACCCUGUAAGCAGGUGUAGCUGACGGAUGGAUUACUCAAUUGCAGCUCCAUGUCUUAGAUUUUCCACAUGUGGAGAUUAAAGCUUUUGCACAUUCUUUACAAAAUAGCUGAAGCUCAGUCAGAUUGAGUGGAAAGCAUCUUAACAGGAGUUUUUAAGUCAUGCCACAGAUUCUAUCACAUAAAUAUGCUUUGAUCUAAACUUUUCCAUUCUAGCUUUGGCUGUAUGUUUAGGGUUAGAAAGUGAGACCCUAUCUCAAGUCUUUGCAGCUUUUAGCUGGUUUUCUUCAAGCACUGCCCUGUAAGAAGCUCUAGAAAUGUUCCUAUAAACCAGGGGUCUGCCACCUUUACAAUCCAAAGUGCCAUUUUUUGCCCUCAGUCCAGCUAAAGAAAACUUCAGGACCAUAAAUGAUAUUUUGGAAAAAAA